GUGAUGUGGGAGGCGGGAGGGAGAUGUGGGGGGCAGGGCAGGGCCUCCCGUGGUGGUGGGAGAUGAGGGGACUGUGAAGGGAGACUGGAGCUGAUUAACUUGGGGACACUUGAGGGUCGAGAUAUCGGAAUGUCUGCAAAAAUCAAUAAUUUGGGGUUAUGAAGGGGAAGCAGCUUGCUGCAAAGAACUCCCUUCCUACACGACUCCCUUGUUUACCUGUGACAAGGCCAUAGGUGUAUCCUCAUGAAGGAAGUCACAUCCCUGUGCCACCCCGCUCUGAGCCCGGGGAGUCCUUGGCUCUGAUCUGGUAUCUGUCUGGCAUAAGUGACCUCAUUCAUGAGCAGUGGAGAAAUUGGAAGUGGCUGAUUUUGGAGUAGAGAGCCAGCACCCAGGCUGCUUCACCAUUUUGACCUAAAAGCCAUUUCCCAUUCCCUGUCCUGCCUGGAAGCCAUGGCUCUCAGGAACGAGAAAACUCACGUGAGAUGAGAAAGAAGAGGCCUCAGGACCGAGGGUAUGUUCCCAGUCCACAGACCUUUGACCAGAGGCCUUUUCCAGAGCAUCAGGACAGAGCAGAGCAGAUUUCCCAGGAACGGGGGAAGAUGAUCAAGUCACAGAUAUUGUUUGAGGACGUGGCCGUGGACUUCACGGUGGAGGAAUGGCAGCUCCUUAAUCCUGCUCAGAAGACCCUGUACAGAGACGUGAUGUUGGAGAACUACAGCAGUCUGGUUCUCUUGGGUUAUCAAAUGAUCAAACCUGAGGCGAUUUUUAAGCUGGAGCAAGAAGAGCCAUGGGUAUUAGGUGAAGAAAUCCUAAGUCAGAACUUUCCAGAAGAAGUCUGGCUAGAUAAUAAUCUCAAAAUGUGGCACCAGGAUAAUCAAGACAAGCUUAAACGUAUGGAGAGAGGCCAUGAAUAUGACGUCUUUGGGAAAAUGUUUCAUUCAGGCAUUAACUUUGAUAAUUUAGGAAUGAGAGCCCAUAAGUGUGGCACAGGUGAAAAAAGUUUGAAACAUCCUUUUGAUUUUCUUAUCCCAAAAAGUAACUGUGAAAGAAAGAAACCUGAUGAGCUUAAUAACAGAUUAUUAUUGUGUAUCAAACCUGACAGAACCUGUGGUGGAAUAAAAUAUUCUGAUUGCAACAAAUGUAGAAAAGUUAGCAGUAAAGAGCCAGGGCUCUGCAACCACAUACCACAUGCAGGAGUCUGUUUAUGCAUGGAAUGUGGCAAGGUUUUCAAGAAAAAAUCACAGCUCAUUGUACAUCAGAGAACUCAUACAGGAGAGAAGCCCUAUGGCUGCCGUGACUGUGGGAAAGCCUUCUCCCAGAAGUCACUACUCACUAUUCAUCAACGGAUUCAUUCAGGAGAAAAACCGUAUGGGUGUGGUGACUGUCAGAAAGCCUUCAGUAGGAAGUCACUGCUCGUUUUACAUCAGAGAACUCAUACGGGAGAGAAGCCCUAUGGCUGCAGCGACUGUGGGAAGGCCUUCAGCAGGAAGUCACAGCUUAAAAGACAUCAGAGAACCCACACAGUAGAGAAGCCCUAUGGGUGCAGUGAGUGUGGGAAAGCCUUCUCCCAGAAAAUAAAGCUCAUUACACACCAGAGGACACACACAGGAGAGAAGCCCUACAAAUGUAGUGAUUGUGGAAAAGCCUUCUUUUGGAAGUCACAGCUUAUUACUCAUCAGAGGGUGCAUACGGGGAAGAAACCAUAUGCAUGUAGUGAGUGUAGCAGAGCCUUCAGCAGGAACUCACUCCUCAUCAGGCAUCAAAGGAUCCACACAGGGGAGAAGCCCUAUGAGUGUAGCGAGUGUGGUGAAGCCUUCAUCAGAAAACCACAGCUUGUUAAACAUCACAUGACCCAUACAGGAGAGAAGAACUAUCAGUGCAGUAAUUGUGAAGAGGCCUUCUUUAAGAAGUCAGAACUAAUUAGACAUCAAAAAGUUCACUUAGGAGAAAAGCCCUAUGGAUGUGUUGAAUGUGGAAAAACCUUCUUUGGGAAGUCACAGCUCCUGACACAUCAGAGAACUCACACUGGAGAGAAGCCUUACGACUGCAGUGCCUGUGGGAAAGCCUUCUCCCAGAAGUCCAGCCUGGUAUCCCAUCAGAGGACACACACGGGGGAGAAGCCUUAUGAAUGCAGUGAGUGUGGGAAAACCUUCAGUGAGAAGUCGAGUCUCAUUCACCAUCAGAGAACUCAUACUGGAGAGAAGCCCUUUGAAUGUAGCGAAUGUAGGAAAGCUUUUGCCUGGAAGCCACAGCUUCUUAGGCAUCAGAGGAUUCACACAGGGGAGAAACCCUAUGAAUGCAGUGAGUGUGGGAAGGCCUUUGUUCAGAAAGUACAGCUCAUCAAGCAUCAGAGAAAUCAUACAGGAGAGAAGACCUAUGGCUGCAGUGACUGUGCAAAGGCUUUCUUUGAAAAGGCGCAGCUCAUUAUACAUCAGAGAAUUCAUACAGGAGAGAGACCCUAUAAAUGCGGGGAAUGUGGGAAGUCUUUCACUCGAAAGUCACACCUCAUGAGGCAUCAGAGGAUCCACACAGGAGACAAAUACUAUGGAUGCGGUGAGUGUGGGACAGCCUUCCACAGGAAGGCACAGCUCCUGAUACACCAGAGAAGUCACGUGCUGUAGACAUGGGUGAGUGCGGUGAGGACGGGAGUCCAUGUCAGUCCCCUGACACUCUGCCGUCAGUGUCAGACCCCUGACACUCUGAGGACACGUGCAGGAGAGAAACUCGGUCACUGCAGUGGCUGUCUCCUCAUACGGAGUUCAGAAAGAGAGUUUUUUUUUUUUAAGUGGACAGCAUAGGAAAGCCUUCUCCCAGAAAACAAAACUUAUUACAUAGUGAUGGCUCCUCAGCAUGGAAGUCUUGUGAUAAGUACAGACCUUUCGGUCAAAAGUGACAGCCUGUUAAAUGUUUAGAAUACCUAAACAGGAGAAAAACUCAACUGUCAUAACAAGUGAGUGAAAGAUUUCAUCAGAAAAGGGUAACUCAGAGUACACUAGAGAAUACGUACACAAAGGGAAUACUGAGUGUUAUGUAUUAGAGAUCUCAUGCAGAGGAGUAGUGCUAAUAGUCUGAAGAAUUUGAUAAGCAUGAUCCUAUUAAUUCUAUAAAGAUGUUGUGUUCAUUGUAUAUAAAUUAUUAUAAGAAAAUAGGCAUUUUAAAGUGGUAGCUGUGUUUUACGUGUGAAGACUUCUGUUUUCUGCUAUGGUGGUAUAAGAAGGACCAGAUAGACUCUCCUGCCUUAAACAGCUAGAAACUGUACCAUUUAUGAGAUGGUGGCUUUUAGACGUAUGUCUGGCACAGGUUUGUGAUCCCUGGCAGGAGGUGGACAAAGUGAGGAGAGCCCCACGACUGCCUAGUCUCGUCCCUGGGGGUAGCGUCCAGGCUGCAGGUCAGGGAGGGAAACAGACAUGGUCCUGCUGAACUGAAGACAGUUGCCGAGCUGGCGUUUGAGGAGCCCUGGUAGCUAGAAUUUGCAGGGAAAAGUGCUGCAGAGGAAGGAGCUCCCCAGAGAAGCUGCAGAAGUCCACAGUGAGUCCCCCUUGCGUCUCUGGCUUCAGUGCUGAUUCACACAUGUGUGGAAGGAAGCUGAGACCACAAGAGCAGCCCCAGAGCUCAGCGCAGGCUGUGGUGGCUCACAUUCCCACCAGCCACACGCAGGCAGUGUUUAGCACGUGGGCGUCAAGAGAGUUCCCAGAACAGCAUUGUCUUGGUGGGGAGGGUAACUAACCCUAGAUUAAAAGCUACUCUGGACCCACAGUGUCCUGCCUCCAAACACUUACCCGGCGUGCCAAGAGGCAGGAACAUAUGGCCCUACUCAGAAGAAAAAUCAGUCAGUAGAAGAGAAAAGACUAAAGUGAUUGGAAUUAGUAGACAAGGAUGUUCAAAUAGCUAUUGUAAGGAUAAAGCAGAGGAAAACAUGAAUUUGAUGAAACCUAAAGUGGAAGAUAUAUUUUUAAAAGUGCAAAUGGAACUUCUCAGGAUGAAAACAACAUCUGAUAAUUAAAAAAAAAAAAAACAACUAGAUGGAAUUAAGAACAUAGCAGAAAUAGAAGGAGGAAAAAAAAUCAAUGAAUUUGAAGAGUAAGUAUAAAAAUUAUCCAAAUGAUAUACACAGAGAGAAAAAGACUAGGGGGGUGGGGGGGGAGGAGAACAGGGAAUUAGUUACAGUGGCGUAAUAUACAUGUAAUGGGGGGAUCCAGAAGGAGAAAAAGGAUUUGGGUAAACAAUGGCUGAAGCUCAAAGAACCCAACACAAAAAGAAACAUAAAGAUGCCAGCGGACAUCAUAGUCAAAUCGAUGAAAACCAGUGUUAAAAAGAACAAUUGUAAAAUUUGUGGAGGAAAAAGACAACAUAUUCACAGAACAAAGAAUAACAACAUACGUCUGGUCAGAAACCAUGCAAACUAGAAGACUGCAGACUUAACAUCAUUACAUUACAAAAGAAAAAGAAGAACCCCCCCCCCCGCCCCCCCGCCCCGCAACCUGGAGUUUGGUUGCCUGUCAAAAACAUCUUUCACAAGUGAAAGCAAAAGACUUCAAAAAAACAAAAUCAGAGAGAGUCCCUGCUUUCAGGAAACGUUGAAGGAAGUUUGGGGGUAGCAGGUAAAGAACACUCUGGAAAUGAAAGGUUCUGGAAAUAGUGAAUGUGUGGGUGAAUAUAAAAGAUUUUUUUCUCAUUUUAAAAUCUUUUGAAAACCAAAGUAAUGACAGUGUAUUUUGGGUUUCGAUCUAUUUAGAAGUAAAGUGUACGACUGCAGUAGCACUCAAGUACAAAUCUUUAAAAAUAGUUGAACAGAUGGCUCUGAGUCAGGAGCUCAGGUGACUUGCGUUUGUAGCAGCUGCACGAUGGAAGCUGUCUGUGUGACGGAUUUGAACACGUGCUGAGUGUUCCCCACGUCUCCACACCCAUUCUCCUCCUCUCUCCACUCUGCCCACCCAGAGGGAGUGCACCACUCUUCUAGGGUUUCUGCUCAGGUUCGCACAGGGAGGUGUGCGCCAGCCCUCCCCGCUCCCUCCUGCUGGCCCAUGUCCAUGCUCUCAGAUGUAAGGGUGUUAACUGCUCCUGGGGACCUCGCCAUCCCUGGUUGGUUUUCUUAAUUCUGAACACAAAUCUGUAAAUAGUUCCUUUAUUAAAUGUUCUUGAGUUGAUCAUUUGAGUGUAACAUUUGUUUUCUGUGACGUGUUAAAUGAGGAACGUUUGACCAACUUUUGAGUAUCAGUUACUGUCCAUGGGGCAUAGGCUGACAUCUGUUAAGAUUUCUCACAUUCAACAUCAAUAUUUUCUCUUUGUGUUUUAGUAAUUCAGUAGAAAUUAUAACAAAGUUCUAUGUGGUUUUUGUUUUGUUUUGCUGCAAAUGUGAAUGGCUCUGGAGGUUGUGAGCAUCUGCUCCAUGUGCCUGUGGGGUUGCAGUUGUUACUAAACCUUCUUCAGUGAUAGGAACCAAAACAUCAUGAGGUCUUCACACUACCUCUGGGUUAGCCGAACAGCUCACAAGAAAGCAUUGCUAUUUGUGUUAAAUAUGUACGGACAAGAAAAAGGUAAUCCACUACUGAGUGAAGAAAAAAAGGAAUGAUGUACUGUACUUCCCUGUACUCUCAUUUUAAAACCUCAUGCUGUGCAAUUAAAAUACUCUUA